UGGGAGUGGGGGUGGGGCGGGGCAAAGCCGAGAAAGAGUGUUCUGGGGACGGGGGCUGGCGAGGCUCACGCUCCGGAGGACUUCGCGACUGCGGCGGAAACCAUAAGGACAUAUCAUGGAACAUCUAGAAGGUGUCAUCAACAAACCAGAGGCAGAGAUGUCGCCACAAGAACUGCAGCUCCAUUACUUCAAAAUGCAUGAUUAUGAUGGCAAUAAUUUGCUUGAUGGCUUAGAACUCUCCACAGCCAUAACUCAUGUCCAUAAGGAGGAAGGGAGUGAACAGGCACCACUAAUGAGUGAAGAUGAACUGAUUAACAUAAUAGAUGGUGUUUUGAGAGAUGAUGACAAGAACAAUGAUGGAUACAUUGACUAUGCUGAAUUUGCAAAAUCACUGCAAUAGAGGUUAUUUGGCCAUCUCCUGGUUAUAUGCAAAUGUGACCUGUGAUAAUGUGAUUGAACACUUUAGUAAUGCAAAAUAACUCAUUUCCAACUACCGCUGCAGCAUUUUGCUAAAAACCUGUAGCAGUUUUUUACACUGGGGCAAGAAGAGAUCAAGAGAAAUGAAAGAGAAGAGAAAUGGGACAUCUGAUAGUCCCUAAGUGCUAUUAAAUACCUUAUUGGACAAGGGCUUGCUUAAAGCAUCUGUAUUAGUGUGUUUUCAUGCUGCUGAUAAAGACAUACCCAAGACUGGGAAGAAAAAGAGGUUUACUUGGACUUACAAUUCCACAUGGCUGGGGAGACUUCAGAAUCAUGGUGGGAGGCAGAAGGCAUUUCUUACAUGGUGGCAGCAAGAGAAAAUGAGGAAGAAGCAAAAGCAGAAACCCCUGAUAAACCCAUCAGAUCUCAUGAAACUUAUUCACUAUCACGAGAAUAGCAUAGGAGAGACCUGCCCCCAUAAUUCAGUUACCUCAAUCUGGGUCCCUCCCACAACACAUGGAAAUUUUGGGAGAUACAAUUCAAGUUGAGAUUUGGGUGGGGACACAGCCAAACCAUAUCAUUGUGCCCCUGGCCCCUCCAAAUCUCAGGUCCUCAAAUUUCAAAACCAAUCAUGCCUUCCUAACAGUCCCCCAAAGUCUUAACUCUUUUCAGCAUUAAUCCAAAAGUCCACAGUCCAAAGUCUCAUCUGAGACAAGGCAAGUCCCUUCUGCCUAUGAGCCUGUAAAAUCAAAAGCAAGCUAGUUACUUCCUAGAUACAGUAGGGUACAGAUAUUGAGUAAAGACACCUAUUCCAAAUGAGAGAAAUUGGCCAAAAUAAAGGGGUUACAGGGCCCAUGCAAGUCCAAAAUCCAGUAGAGCAGUCAAAUUUUAAAGUUCCAAAAUAAUCUUUGACUCCAGGUCUCACAUCCAGGUCAUGCUGAUGAUGCAAGAGGUGGGUUUCCAUGGUCUUGGGCAGCUCUACCCCUGUGGUUUUGCAGGGUACAGCCUCCCUCCUGGCUGCUUUCAUGGCUGGUGUUGAGUGUCUGCAGCUUUUCCAGAUACACGGUGCAAGCUGUUGGUGGAUAUACCAUUCUGGGGUCUGGAGGAUGGUGACCCUCUUCUCAUAGCUCCACUAGGCAGUGCCCCAGUAGGAAUUCUAUGUGGGGGCUCCAAUACCACAUUUCCCUUCUGCACUGCCCUAGCAGAGGCUCUCCAUGAGGGACCCGCCACUGCAGCAAACUUUUGCCUGGGCAUCCAGGCGUUGUCAUAUAUCUUCUGAAAUCUAGUCAGAGGUUUCUAAAUCUCAGUUCUUGACUUCUGUGCACCCACGGGCUUAACACCACGUGGAAGCUGCCAAGGCUUAGGGCUUCUACUCUCUGAAGCCACAGCCCAAGCUGUAUGUUGGCCCCUUUCAGCCAUGGCUGGAGUGGCUGGGACACAGGGCACCAAGUCCUUAGGCUGCACACAGCCUGGGGACCCUGGUCCCAGACCAUGAAACCACUUUUUGCUCCUAGGCCUCUGGACCUGUGAUGGGAGGGGCUGCCCUAAAGGUCUGUGACAUGGACUGGAGAUAUUUUCCCCAUGGUCUUGGGGAUUAACAUUAGACUCCUUGCUACUUACACAGAUUUCUGCAGCCACCUUGAAUUUCUCCACAGAAAAUGGGUUUCUCUUUUCUAUUGCAGAGUCAGGUUGCAAAUUUCCAAACUUUUAUGCUCUGCUUCCCUUAUAAAACUGAAUGCCUGGGUCUGGGCACUGUGGCUCAAGCGUGUAACCCCAGCACUUUGGGAGGCCGAGGCGGGUGAAUCACGAGGUCAAGAGAUCGAGACCAUCCUGGUCAACAUGGUGAAACCCCGUCUCUACUAAAAAUACAAAAAAUUAGCUGGGCAUGGUGGCGCGUGCCUGUAAUCCCAGCUACGCAGGAGGCUGGGGCAGGAGAAUUGCCUGAACCCGGGAGGCGGAGGUUCUUAUGAGCCGAGAUCGCGCCAUUGCACUCCAGCCUGGGUUACAAGAGUGAAACUCUGUCUCAAAAAACAAAAACAAAAACAACUGAAUGCCUUUAACAGCACCCAAGUCACCUAUUGAAUGAUUUGCUGCUUAGAGAUUACUUCUGCCAGAUAUCCUAAAUCAUCUCUCUCAAGUUCAGAGUUCCACAGAUCUCUGUGGAAGGGGCAAAAUGCUUCUGGUCUCUGCUAAAACGUAAGAAUCACCUUUACUCCACUUCCCAACAAGUUCCUCAUCUUCAUCUGAGACCACCUUGGCCUGGACUUUAUUGUCCAUAUUGCUAUCAGCAUUUUGGGUAAAGCCCUUCAACAAGUCUGUAGGAAAUUCCAAACUUUCCCACAUUUUCCUGUUUUCUUCUGAGCCCUCCAGACUGUUCCAACCUCUGCCUGUUACCCAAUCCCAAAGUCACUUCCACGUUUUGGGUAUCUUUCCAGCAAUGCCCCAUUCUAUUGGUACCAGUUUACUGUAUUAGUCCAUUUUCAUGCUGCUGAUAAAGACAUACCCAAGACUGGGAAGAAAAAGAGGUUUAACAUCUACUCAGGAGGCUGAGGCAGGAGAAUUGCCUGAACCCAGGAGGCAGAGGUUGUGGUGAGCCGAGAUUGCGCCAUUGCACUCCAGCCUGGGUAACAAGAGCGAAACUCCGUCUCAAAAAAAAAAAAAAAGAAAAGAAGAAAAAGAGGUUUAAUUGGACUUACAGUUCCACAUGGCCAGGGAGGCCUCAGAAUCAUGGCAGGAGGUGAAAGUCACUUCUUACAUGGCGGCAAGAAAAAAUGAGGAAGAAGCAAAAGCAGAAACCCCUGAUAAACCCAUCAGAUCUCAUGAGACUUAUUCAGUGUUAUGAGAAUAGCAUGGGAAAGACCAGCCCCCAUGAUUCAAUUACCUCUCCCUGAGUCCCUCCCACAACACAUGGGAAUUCUGGGAGAUACAAUUCAGGUUGAGAUUUGGGUGGGGAACACAGCCAAACCAUAUCAGCAUCCUCUCAAGAAUAUUGGAUAAUUGGAACUGAGUACUCAGGAACUUGACUGUAGUAGAAUACUACUAGUUGCUUAAUUUUAAUUCAUGUUACCUGAAAAGCAAAACAACAGGCUAAGUGGACAUUUCAGUAACAGUGAAGGAGUGGAGUGAAUGCCAAAUGUUUGCCCUGGUGGUUCCUAUUUCUUCAGGUAAACACGGUCAGUAUUCUGUAAAGUUCUCUGGCCUAAAUGAUUACUUGCUCUGGGCAAGUGGAUAUUUAUUAGGCUAUUUCAAAGCCGCAGCAUAAGAAGAAUGUCAAAUACUGAGUUCAGCCUAGUCGCAGAUGCUAAGAUUCUGUAUCCUCUAGCAUUUGGGAAAAAUACACUACUGGCUUAAGUGAUUACUCUUUUUCAGAUUUUCAGGAUUUUAUAAAACUAUGGCCUCAUCCUUAUACUUUAUUGCUUUUCUGUCUUCUUCAACCUGGAAGAGACCUUGAAUUUAAGUGUUUUCUCUAAUCAAUAGUGUUUUAGCUUUCUUAAUAUUUCUAUUUCACUCUUGUUUCUAGGGUUUCUUAUUUGCAAUUUAGGAACUAUUAGAAAUGUCAGGACUUUAUCAGCAGGGGUAAAACUACCACCUAACCUAGCCUAAGUAGGAAGUGAAAACAAUUCACCAAACAAUGAUUAACCAGAUAGAAGUUCUAGUCAGGUGGAAUAUUGUUGAAGUUACCUCUUUUAGCCUAGUUACAUGGAUUCUUUUCAAAUCAGGAAAGAUUACAAAAGGAACCCAAAAACCCCUUUAACAGUGUGAAUCUUAAUAGUAUUUGAAAAUGAGAAGAAACAGCAGAUGGUAGUUUGGUUUAUUGGAUGUGACAGACAUGCUGUAAUAGAAAACCUGAAGCGAUGACUGAAUGGGAAAAAGACUACAUAAAAUUUGCUGUAAGAUAUAGACAGACUUAUUUUCUUUAUUAAAGUAUUAUAAAACAUAUUUGUAUUUGUAAAAAUGGUUUCCUGUGUCAAGUAUUUGUGCAGUCAGAGCUGACUUGUAAACUAUUCUUGUAAUAUCUCAUUAUUUUGAAAGAUUUAUAUGAUGAAUUCCGGAUAUAUCACCAAUAAACCUGAUGAGACAAAA